AUGACGUCUGGCGGGUCCAGAACUUUUCUCACGACCACAACUCUUGUGUACGGUUGUCUUUUGUGUUCUCCCUCGUCGUCACUAGCUGUUGGUUCAUUUCCGGGUCUCUACAACGUAACGUCGAAUGUCUACGGGCUCGAAGGCAGCAGCGUUUCAAUCUACGCUGAACGAACCGCACGAAUUCCUACUCAAAUACAAUGGGAGGUGGAGACGUCACUUUCGGAGAUAAACUUGGCGGUCGUCCAGAGGUAUACGGUCACUAGAAUUAAUAGUGUAAUACUGAAGAACAUUUCAGUCGGGUUCAACCUUACGAGAUACCGAUAUAUACUUCCAGGCGGAUUUAAAAGUGCAUGGGUAACGCUCAGAAUUGGAGCUGUUCCCGGAAUUUCUAAUACGAAGGAGAAUUUGACAGUCGUUGCCGGUGAGAUAUCUAGAGUACCCGCCGUUUGUCUUACAUUGUCUGGAGUCCCCUACCCUCGACUCUCUCUACAACACACCAGUCUACAGGGAGAAAUCAUUCCCAUUUCAUACGAGUUGAUAAACUACGAACCAUGCUUUGAAAUCGUCUCCAAAGUCGUUUCCGGAAUAUUGACUGCUACAGCACAAAACUGCUUUGGCAAUGCCACGGUGGACUUCAAGGUCGUCGUGCAAGAAAAACCGUCUGUCUGGUUGGACAUUGACCAAAGAGAAGAAGCGGUGUGUGCAGACGAGAGUCACGAUUUUGUCGUCGGUUACAGAUUGAACGGAUUUCCUCAUCCACAAGUCGCAUGGUACCGGUCCCAGAGCGGCAAAAUGACUGACAACCACACUGAAUACAAUUCCAGUCAUUUAACAAUCAAGAGUGUUAGAGGGCAGGACGCCGGUCUGUACAAAAUCGAAGUAAGAAACAGUUUGGGAAGUGAUGAAGCCAAUUUUACGCUUGAAGUCUUGCAAGAUUGUAACACUACAAAUACUUCUCGAACAGCUGAAGCGUUUCUUUGGUGGUAUCAUGUUAUUACUGUCAUAUUAAGUGCAGUGACCGGGUCCGUUAUUACGACCGUCGUUUGUCUACUCCGACGACGGUCGCGUUCAUCGAGGGAGGCUGAUCGUCUAGAUACAAGCAAACGCCACGUAGUUAGCAGCACGUCAGCAAGACAGCAAGAAUUUGAAACUCUAAGCGAAAUGGGAGGAACAAUUAAGCCUUACGCAACGACGCACGUCAGUGCAGUGAAAGCUGCAUGCAAACAAGACGCGUACGAAGUACCUCUGCCCAUUUAUCACGCUCCACUCGAGGCAAAUAAGCCAGUUUAUGAUCCAGUGUACCGUGGAUAUGAAUGUAUGUCGUUGUCCGAUCACAUUCCUAUAUCACCACAAAGCGAUAAGUCGGUUAGAUACUCAAGUAUCCCUUCUGAAUGCACUGGCUUCUCAUGCAAACAGUCCACCAAUCUGGACAGAAAUGUCGGUGCUAGAAGCAUGUGAAGUCUAGCAAUAUAUUCAUAGACGGUCAGUUUAGUUGACUCGACGUGAGGUUUUAGAAAAACCAAGUCGGUCUCAUAGAAACUCUAUAGCUAGACAACGGACUGGUUCCGCGAUGCACAAAUAUAUAGCAUGCAUGAACACUUUUUGCUAUACUGUCUUUGUAGAUAACAAAAUUGAAUUGAAAUUGUAAUUCACCAAGGUUUAGUUUUAUCUUUCUUGUAUUGCAC